GCUAGUGAGUUUGUAAAUAAUAGUUAGUGUUUUUAGUUUAUAAUCAAUGCAUGCUUGGUUCUGCUGUAAUGGAAACUGUGAAGCUAAUUUAUAUUUCAAGCUCUACUGUGUUUGCGAUCUUGAUCUCAUUUUUAAUCAAGUUCUUCAACAAAGUAUGGUGGACUCCCAUGCGCAUCCAAUCCAUGAUGAUGUCUCAAGGUAUAAAAGGCCCUUCUUACAAACUCUUCUACGGCAACAACAAAGAGAUCAUCCAUCUGACAAAUAAAGCUUCGAGCAAUCCCAUGGAAUUAUCACACCAAGUGUUUCCAACUGUAUUGCCACACUUCCAUUCAUGGAUGAAGCUUUAUGGGAAGAAUUUCCUUAGGUGGCAAGGUCCUCAAGCUUACUUGGUAUUCUCAGAACCUAAUGAACUUGUUAAAGAGAUAUUUAACAAUAGAGAUGGAGCAUUUCCCAAACCCGAACCCGACAAUUACACUAAGAAGCUAAUAGGAGAAGGAAUUGGAACUACUAGGAUACCAGAAAAGUGGCUUAAGCUUCGUAAAUUAUCUAAUCAUGCUUUUCAUGCAGAGUGCCUCAAAAGUAUGAUUCCUGCCAUGAUAACAAGUGUGGAAAUGAUGCUUGAAAAAUGGAGACAUAAUGAAGGAAAGGAAAAAAUGAUGCUUGAAAAAUGGAGACAUAAUGAAGGAAAGGAAAUUGAAGUGUUCCAAGAAUUCAAAGUCUUAGCCUCAGAAAUCAUUUCCAGAACUGCUUUUGGAAGCAGCUACUUGGAAGGGCAGCGUAUAUUUGACAUGAUAAACCAGUUAACUCUCAUUAUUGGUAGAAACAGAUAUCGGAUAAGAAUUCCUGGAAUCAGAAAUCUUGUAAAAACCUGGGAUGAUAUUGAAUCAGAAAAGAUAGAUCAGGAGAUACGAGAUUCCAUUAUGAAUAUGAUAAAGAAACGAGAAGAAGCAGCAAUGAUGAGUCAAUCAAAUGGCUUUGGGACUGAUUUUCUUGGAUUACUGUUGAAGGCACAUCAUGAUAAUAAUGAUCCUGAUCAGACAAAGAGAUUAUCAGUUGAAGAAAUGAUUGAUGAGUGUAAAACCUUUUAUGUUGUUGGACAUGAAACAACUGCAACUUCAUUUACCUGGACAGUUUUUCUUCUAGCUAUUCACACAGAUUGGCAAGAUAAAGCCAGGAAGGAGGUCCUUGAAUUAUUCGGCCAGCAAAGUCCAAGCUCAGAUGGCCUCUCAAAAAUGAAACUUGUGAGCAUGAUUAUCAAUGAAGCUCUCCGGCUAUAUCCUCCAGUUCUUAGCAUCCCCAAAGCGGUCCAAAGGCAAGUCAGAUUGGGGAAGUUGGUUCUUCCUGCAAAUAUAGUAAUCGAAAUUCCAGUCAUUGCACUACACCAUGAUCCUGAAAUAUGGGGAGAAGAUGUUUAUCUUUUCAAGCCAGAGAGAUUUGCAGAAGGAUUGGCCAAAGCUACAAACAACAAUCUCAAUGCCUAUCUUCCAUUCAGUUUGGGACCUCGAAGCUGUGUGGGAUACAACUUUGCAAUUACAGAGACUAAGAUUGCACUGUCAAUGAUUCUGCAACAUUACCGGUUUACUCUAUCACCAACUUAUGUUCACUCGCCUGUCAACCGUCUUACUGUGUGCCCACAACACGGAAUGCAAAUCAUGCUCCAUCCACUAUAAGUUUAAUGAGGAUAUUCUUUCCACUAUGUAAUUAAGCCCUUGGAUUGAUGCCUCAUAUAUGGCUCAGUGUGGAAUUAGAUUUUUGGGUAUCUAAUGAAAAGUAUGAAUCCAUUAAGACAAAAAGAAAAGUAAGUAUUUUUGGGUAUCAAAUGAUUUUGUAUAUUUCAA